AAUACUGUCUUAAGCUAUAUGUGAGAUAGUUUGUUGAUGAAGGCGAUACCUUUGUUGUUGAUGUGGGAAAAUUCAGUGGACGCUAUCUCAGGAAAAUUUUCUCACGAUAUAUUUUGUUUUGGCAAACUUUAUUUCAAUAAGAUCAACAAAAGGUUGCCUGGUGAAAUGGUAUCACGAGACGUUGUGGCCGUCUUAUUCUGGGUUCGAUUCCCAGGGCAGCCAGUCACUUAUCUUUUGUUGUUGGCCGAAAGGCGAGUUCUUGUUUUUUUCUUUUUGCCCUGAGGAGGCUUGUGGAUUUUGAGGAUUCCAUGUCCGUGCGUAAGCACGAGUCAUGGGAACUGGCCAUAGCUUCGGUACGGCUACUCCGUAGGUCAUCGUCGUUGGGAUCGGUCGGAGACAUGGAAUUGUGCUUUUGAUCGCCUUCGAUAUAGAUGCAGAUGAGCAUCUUUC